AUGUUGAGAGAAAACUUUGAUGUCACUUUAAAGAACAUAUUAUGGUUUCGAUUUCUGUUUAUAAUUAAUACUUUACAAGUUGUUUAAUUAAUUAAUGGUUAAAAUGUGUAAAUACUCAUAUUAAAAAUAGCUUCAUUUAAGAGAUGUUAAGCAAAUAUAGAAUAAAUUUGUUAAUUUAUUUUGGAAACAGUAACUAUUUGAUUUUUGCUUACAUCAUUAUUUUAAGCAUUUUUUUUCAUAUAGCUAUUACUUAAAUUGUAAUCAAAAUGAAAAUUUCAAUUCAUUAAUUUAUUGGUUCCUUUUUUGUUUAAACCAUUUAUUAUGUGUAGUCUAUGCCAAUUAUUUUAAACUCCCUAUACGCAAUUUUGAAUUAGAAUCAAUAUGUUCAUUUAAUUUUGUUCAUCUUAACUAUUUUAUUGAAUAUGAUGUAUAUUAAAUUUAACUGUUAAACAAGUUUUUUGUAGAUAGAUGGAAGCUUUUCAAGAUAAAUAGAUGAAAUUGUAAUCUAGAUAUUUCGAAUUAUUUUAUGCAUAUUAAAGAUCAAAUUACCAAUAAUUGAAAUACAAUUUUUAAUAUUAAUCAUAGAAUCAUUUUUGUUAACUGUAAUUUAGAUCAACAAUACUGAAUUGAAUAGUCAUUUUAUUUUUAAAUUAAGAAUAUUUCUUUUUGUAAUUGGAAUAGCAGGGAUAUCUAAAUUAGAUUGGGUUGAAAUAUUUUUAGUUUAUAUGUUUACAUUAAAUGUUAUGCAAUCUUGGAAAAAUAGACUUGAGACAAAUAAAUUAAUUGACGCUAAAAAUUAAUAUUAAUUAAAAUUUUUGAUUUCUUAAAUUGUUAAAAAUUAUUCAAAUGAUGAAACUAUUUAAGUUUUAUUGAUAUAAAGAUGUAUAAAAUCAAAUUUAAAAUAUUUACAAAAAAAUAAUAACUCUAAUUUAAUUAAUAUUUAAGAUAGAGUAAUGAUAGAAAGAUAUUUUGAAUAAAAUUUAUAUAAACUCUAUUUUCUAUUGUUGUAAUAAAAUUAAUCAAAGUUGUCAUUUUUUGACUUUAUUUUCUUAAAAGCCAAUAUUUAUUUAAUUUAAUAAGAAUGUUUUUAAAAAUCAAAAAAAUAAUUAUAAGAUAACUCAUAAUUAGUUAGAGUUUUUGAAUAAUAAGAAUCUAACUUUUAAAUUUUAGAAUAAGCAAAUUUUACAAAAUUAAAUUUUUAUUAAACCCUAAUUAAACUUAAUAUUAAUGAAGAUUAAUAUUGUAAGAUGAUUAAAAUUGAAUGUUUGAAAUUUUGUAAUAUCAUGUAACAAUUAAAAAAAGAUCUUGAGUCUAGUAUUGAUAUAAAAGCUUAAACUCUUCAAAAUUCUAAUUUAACUGAUCUUAACACAAUUUAAACUAUUUAAAAAUACUAUUUUGUCUUUUAUGGUGAUUAUUAGAAAGUAUAUGAAAAAUCUUAUUGUAGGCAUUUCAAAUUGGAUAGAAAGCUAAAGAAUUAUCAGGAUGGGAUCGUAAUCUAAAUCUAAAGUUGUAAAAAAGUAUUAAAAUGUUCAUACUAUUUUAGAUUAAAUCUUUCUUAUUAAAGUUAGUUAUUUAUCAAAGAAAUGGACAAUUUUAAAUUCAAAAAUGAAAUAUUUAGUAGAUUUUUUUAAAGAUUAAUAUUUAGAUAACAUAUUGGAUUUAUUUCCAUCAUUCUUAAGAGAAUAUUAUCAAUAAUAAUUGAAUAAAUAUGUAGAAAAUGAAUUUGUAGAUAAAUAUUAAUUAAAGACCUAUUUAUUGAAAAAUAAUUAUAUAAUUUCAUGUCGAAUCACAUUUCAUCAUGAAAUUUUAGAUAAUGAUUUAAUAAUUAAUAAUAUAAUAGAAAUUGAUGAUAAAAAUAAUUUUCUAUUAUUUGAUUAAUAUGGCAAAAUUUUAGGAAUUUCAGAAUUACUCUUCAAUGAAUUAUAAAAUCUUGAUGAAUAUUAUACAUAAGAAAUAACUUUAUAAACUUUUUUAGAAAAAGCAAUGAUAUAAUUUUAUGUUCCUGAAAUAGAAUAUUAAGUCCUAUAACUUAUUUCAUCUUAGUAAUAUAAUUAAGUAGAAUUUUAAUCAACAUUUCCAAAAAAUAUAAACCAUAAUGAUUGUUUAUAAUUAAAAAUAAAUUUAAAUAUCAAAGAUGAAUCUCUAACCUAAAUUAAAAUGAAUUCAUCUUCUAAUUGUCGAAAAUAGUUAUAAGAUGAUAAUUAAAUUAAAAAGAAUAAAAGAAUAAAUCUUUUAAAUCCAAAAUUUUCUAUCCAAUUUGAAUAAAUUUAAGAAUAAUUAAGUUUAGAAUAAAAUAUAUCAUAUCAUAAAUUUGAAUUAGAAUAUGUUGAAUUAGAUAAUCUUAAUUAGAAUUAUUUUAUACUACAUUUUUCAGACUUAGAAUAUCAUUUGGAAAGUUAGGAUAAGACUUUAAAAUUAGAAACAAAAACAAUUAAAAAAAAUACUGCUUUAGAUAAUAAAAUUAAUAUGUCAAUAAUUGAAUAAAUAAUAGAAAAAAAGGAGAUAUCAAGAAAUUUAAAAUUAUAAUUAAUACUAAUGAUUAUUCUAACUAUUUAUGUAGUUUGUACUAUUUUUAUCAAUAAAUAAUCUGGAUUAAAUGAAAUCAAAUCGUAUUAAUCUUCAAUUAAUUUCUUAAUAAAUCCUUAAGCCUUAACCUUCUCAUAUGCAGGGUCAUUUCUUUUAUAGUGGAAUAGAUAUUGUGUAUAAAAUGGCUUAUAUAAUCUCUCUUAAUAUAUUGAAUUUUAAAGGCAAUAGAAAUUAAAUUAUGCAUUUACUUUAUGGAGAGGUAUCCAUGUUAAUUAUACAUUAAAUUUGAGUUAAAGGAGCAGAGAAUUAGGGAUGGAAAUGGUUGAUGUAAUUGAAUAUGACAAAAACAAUAAUAAAAUUAUAACUAAAAUGGAUUUUUAUUCAUUUUAUUCUAUAACCAGAGAGAAAAUGGUUAGAGUUUAAAAAAAUACUAAUUAUUCAAAUAUCUCAACUCAUGAUUAUUCUAUAUUUAAAGCUAAUGGAUUCAUAAGAUAAAAUAUAAUGACUAUUUUUAAAUUUCAUGAUGUUGUUAUAAAUGAUGAAAUAGAAUAUCUUAAAUAAAAAGUAGAGUUCUCUUAAACUAAAUUUUAUUUGAUAGAGAUUAUUUAGAUAUGUUGUGUAAAUAUUAUUACUAUAGCUCUAAUGUAUUUUAUUUAUAAAGAUAUCAAAUUAAAAAAUCAAAUAUUCACUUUAUUAUCUUUAAUAGAGAUCAAUUCUAUUAAAAAUCAGAUAUAGUAAACAAAAUUAAUUAAUUAAUUUACAAAUUAUUCUUAAAAUUCUAUUACAAAUUUGAUUAAGAAUGAUGCAAUAAUGAAUGAAAAUUCUCAAUAAAAUAAAAAUAAUCAUACAAUCCAAAGGUUAUAAAAUAUUACAUUUACAUCUAAAUUUCGAUUACUUAUACCAAUUAUUUUUAUAAUAUUUUAUGGUUCAUAAAUGAUUGGAGCAUAUUAUUAUAGAGCUUUUUAUUAUGAUAAUUAUAAACAUUCCUUAUUAAUGACUAUGAAUUAUAUAAAAUUCAAGAAAUUAUUUGAUAGUUCAAUCUUAUUUGGAGAAUUAAUUAAAACAGAACAUUUAAUUCCAUCCAAUCCUUAUCAUUUAAUAAAUUAAACUGAAACUAUAGAAUUAUAUUUAAUGUAUGCUGAUAAUUCAAAUGAUUUAUUUAAUAAAAUUCUUGAUGAUUUGGUUGUAUCAGAUUAUUUUAAUGAUACAAUGAAGAAUCAAAUAUUAAAUGCAUUUAGAAAAGAUUUGUGUUUGACAUUUUAAAGGUUUCUAGUUUUUUGUAAUACAACUUAGAUAAAAUUACCAUAUAAACUUAGUGAUUCUUAUCUAACAAUCACUUAAGAUGGUAUAGGAGGAGUAGUUUAAAAUUAUAAAAAAAUGGUUCAAUAAGAAUUUAAUACAGAAAGGCAAACUUUAUAAUAUUCGAAAAACAAUACUCAAUUUAUUAAUUCAUAGAUUCACUAGAAUUUUUUUGUUCAAUAUGCUUAAGAUAUUUAAUCAUGUUUUUUCACUUGUUUUAGUUACUUCAUCAAUGAAAGUAUAUAUUUAAGCGAUAUCUUUAUUGAAGCCAUGUCAGAAUACUUUAAUUUAACUGGAAUAAUGUAAAUAUCUAUUAAAAGUUAGCAUCUUCCUAUUGUAUUUUAUCUUCUCAGUUUUUUGGGUCAUCUAUCAAUAUUUUUAGAUACACUAGAUAAAAUUUUUGUUAAUCUUAUUAGAUCCAAAAGUAGUAUAGAAAAAAGGGAUUCAUCAAAUUUUAAUGAAAAUUAUGAAUUAUAUAUGA